CAGGCAGAAAAGUCAGAGAGUACACAGAAGGGCUCAGAACAUCCUGCUGCACAUGAACCAGAAAGGGCACUGCCCCGUAUUGCAGUGCCUGCACUCUCCUUAAAUGAAAUCAAGGAAAAGACUGAUAAUUUCAGCUUGAAGUCUUUGGUGGGUGAAGGGUCACAUGCAAGAGUAUAUCGGGCAGUUCUAAACAGCGGCAAAGAAGUUGUAAUAAAAAAGUAUGAUAAACCAUCCAAUCCUGCGUCAAAUACUGAGUUUUUGAAGCAGCUCUCGAGGGCAUCAAGAUUGAAGCAUGAGAACUUCGUUGAACUGCUAAGCUAUUGCGUCGAGGAAGAUCUUCGUUUGUUGACGUAUGAGUAUGCAACUUUGGGUUCUCUGCAUGAUUAUUUGCAUGGUAGAAAAGGUGUCUGUGGUGCAAAACCUGGUCCUUUGCUUAGUUGGAAACAGCGGUUGAGAAUCGCGUUGGAUGCAGCAAUUGGGUUAGAGUAUCUUCAUGAGAAGGUUCAGCCCUCCAUAGUGCAUCAGGACAUGAGAUCCAGCAAUGUUCUUUUAUUUCAGGACUUCAGAGCAAAAAUUGCAGACUUCAAUAUUUUAUGCCAAGCUCCAGAUGCGGCCUCUCGUCUUCAUUCUACCCGCGUCUUGGGAACCUUUGGCUAUCAUGCACCAGAGUAUGCUAUGACUGGUCGUAUAACACAGAAAAGUGAUGUAUAUAGCUUUGGUGUUGUUCUUUUGGAGCUUCUAACUGGAAGGAAACCAGUGAGUUGUGAAAUGCCUCGAGGAGAGCAGAGCCUGGUUACUUGGGCAACUCCAAGAUUGACUGAGGAUAAGGUUAGACAGUGUGUCGAUCCACGAUUGGAGGAGUAUCCCAAGAGAGGGCUUGCUAAGUUUGCAGCAGUUGCAGCUCUAUGCGUGCAGUAUGAAAGAGAGUUCAGGCCAAGCAUGACUUUUGUGGUCAUUGCACUCCAAGAUAUAGUGAGGAGGAACUCAGGAACUAGUGCCUCUGCUUCUAGGAUUAUGACAUGA